AUGGAAUUAGGUGCUAAAAUAAGAUUAAAUUCAGUUCUUUAUGCCAUGAAUAAUACUGAAGAAUCAUGCCUUCCACAAUUAUUUGAAAUAUUUCAUGAAAAAAUAGAUUUUGAUCAAUGCAUUCGCCCUAUUUUAUUUGGAGAAAUUACAUAUUCUCUCACAGAAAAUCAUGAUUGUAUAUUGUCUUAUGGUGCCAAUAUAAAUUAUUUAGAUGAAAAUGGUAAUUCUCCACUUAUUGUCGCAGCCGAAAAUGGAUUAAAAUCACUAAUAAGAUAUCUAAUCAGAAACGGAGCCGAUGCAAGUAUCAAGAACCAUCAAGGAAAGACAGCCUUCGAUGUUUGUGAUAAAUCUAUUCAAACAUACAUGCGUAAAAUGAUGAAAAAAUACAAUCGUGUUCAAACUCAUUAA